UGAAUGCACUUUAUAUGUUCCUCCUAAAAAAUGCAUCAGCCCAUUUGAACAAGAAGUUUGAUUUUAGGCACUGUAGCUCUAAUAUUAACCCUUCUCUUCCUUGCUUCCUCUCUUCCUCCUGCUUUACUGAUGUCCUCUUCUUUUUUAGGGGACGGCUGGUGUACUUCGCAGUUAAAGAUCGUCCUCCUUGGUGGCAGGAACUCUGGCAAGAGCUCUGUGGGGAACUUACUCCUGGGGAAAGAGGAGUUUGUCACCAAAGAGAGGACGUCCUGCUCCCGGAGGCUGGGCAAGGUAGCCGGGCGGUGGCUCACAGUGGUGGACACUCCCGGCUGGUGGUGCGACUUCGGCGCUCGGGACACAUCUGAGCUGGUGAAGAGGGAGAUCGUAAGUGGCGUCUCCCUGUGCUCACCGGGCCCGCAUGCGUUGCUGAUCACCGUCAAGGCGAGCUCGGCCUUCUCCGAGAGGCGCCGGCGGGCUGUGGAGGAGCACGUGGCCCUGCUGGGCAAGAGGGCGUGGAGUCACUGCCUGGUCGUCUUCACCUCUGCCGACAGGUCGACGCACACAGAGGCAGAGGAGCGUGUGCAAGCAGGGGGGGGGGCUCUCCGCUGGCUCAGCGAGAAGUGCGGUCGGAGGUGUCACAGUGUUAUGCUGAGCGAUGACACCGAAGCCACCGAGCUGCUUGAAAAAAUACAGAAACUUGUCACGGAAAAUGGAGACGGCGUGUUUGAAAUGCAGGAGGGCAUUUCACAGGCGACUGCGGAGGAGACGAGAAGAGUGGCGGAGAGAGCUCAGCGGAGGUUCCUGAGAAUGAGAAAACACAGAUCUCUCAUGCAAGAGAGGUUGCGGCCCAUUACUAAUAUCAGGAUUGUGUUGGUGGGAGCAAAGGGUUCCGGGAAGACUUCGGCCCUGAAUACAAUCCUGGGCAGAGACGGCAACCGGCCGCUGGGGAGAACAGCUCAGUGUCGGGCUGGACAGGGAGUGGUGUUUGGGAGACAUGUGACUGUGGUGGACACUCCCGGCUGGUGGAUGAACUACUUGUGUGACGAGAGUACCGUCUUCGACAAGAGGGAGAUGGUGUUCGGUCUGUCCCUCUGCCCUCCUGGGCCUCAUGUCCUCCUGCUGGUGAUCCGCAUGGACAGAGCCUUCAGCGAAACCUACAGGAGAGCAGCGCAGGAGCACCUCCAGCUGAUCAGCGCGGGCAUCUGGAGUCGGGUCAUCGUGCUGUUUGGCUUCGGGGACUGGCUGGCAGGCACCACCGCUGAGCAGUACAUCGAGAGUGAGGGGGAGCCCCUGCGGUGGCUCGUUGAGAGAUGCGGCAACAGGUAUCACGUUCUGAACAAUAAAACCAAAGGAGAUGGAUUUCAAGUCAGGGAGCUGAUUGGGAAGAUCGAAGAAAUGCUGGCUGAGGGCACCAGCUGCCAAUAUUACGAAAUAGAGAGGGAUGUGAUGGAGCAGCUGGAGGCGAAGAUGAGGAGAGAGAUGGCGAGAGCCAAGGAGAGACUGAUGAAGAAGGAGAAACAAAGGCAGAUGGCGAGGGCUCAGCUGGAGAAGCUCAACCCUCUUUCAGAAAUGCGGAUAGUGCUUGUGGGUGGCGGGAAAACAGGCAAAAGCUCAUGUGGAAACACCAUCUUGAGCAGAGAGUGCUUCGACACAGAGACCCAAACCACUUCCUGCGCUGAAAAACGAGGCCAAAUUAGCGGCAAGAUGGUUACAGUUCUGGACACGCCAGGCUGCUUCUCCGUGACCUCUGACCUCCUCACGGCUCCCUCAUCCUGUGCUAUCCUUCUGGUCGUCAAUGUGAGCUCCGCAUUCAAAGAUACCCACAGGGAAAGCUUGGAGAAACAGCUGGAGGCCGGAGGAGGCCAGGCGUGGAGUCGAGCCGUGGUCCUGUUCAGCCACGGUGACUGGCUGGGCGACACGAGCGUCGAGCAGCGCAUCGAGACUGAAGGAGAGCCGCUGCGGAGGCUUGUUGAGAAGUGUGGGAACAGAUACCACGUCCUGGACAAUAAACAGCCGGGAGACGGACGUCAGGUUAGCGAGCUGAUCGGGCUGAUGGAGGAGAUGCUGGUUGACGAACGGCUGGGAGUUCUUCACAGAGGUGAUGGGUGGAAAAGUGUUUCUGCAGCGCAAGAGCAGGAGCCGGACGCUGUGAGGCUGUGUAAAAAAGAAUUAAAGGCGUCCUGUGACUUGACUGAAUCAGCCACUCCCACGACACAAACUUCACCAAACUGCUCGGAAGGCGCAGAUGCUGGUUGUCAGACGGUGGCGGUGCCAGCAGAGAGAGCGCGAGGACGGACUGGACUCACCACCCUGGACAGAGACGGCUUCAUGUCCGUCUUAACCUCUGUGCUCUCUGGAAAAAAAGGACUGAGGUGGAUCGCCGCAGGCCAACAGAGCUUCACGGCAAAUCUACCCAUCUGGUUCCCUGCUGAUGACCCUCACGGCAGAAGGAGAGUGAACGAUGAAAGCCAGGUGCGCCCGUAUUCACCCACACAUCCCACAGUGCUUUUAGUUUUACCUCAAACACAGAACGGAGUGCUCGCAGAGGGAAACCUUAUUAAUCUGGAGUCCCUUCGCCACCCGGCCCUGAGGGAUGGGACCCUCAGGAGGCUCACUGAGCCUGGAGGCCUGCAGCAGCUGAUCGACCAGUGGGGCGACAGCAGCCUGGAGGAACUGGAAGCCUUCAUAGACGCGUACUUCGAGAUGGUUUGGGAACAAACGGCGGGGCCAUCUCGGCCGACUGCGCCCGGCUCUCCUGCCACGGAGCAGGACGCUGCGGUCGGGGAGGCUGGAGAGGAGGAAGUGCUCUCGUCCAUAGACAGGAAACUCUCAAAGCUGGAGCUCCUUGAGGAGAUCAGGAGCGAUUUGGCGAAGCUGAGGGAGAGUCUGGAGCACAGCUGGAAGGCCAUACAGGAACUCAGAGACAGAAGUAAACAAGACCCCAAUAGUACAUAUUGAUGCAGGGGAAAUCAGGAAUGAAAGACGGAGGAAGUCAGACAGUAUCCAUUGUAACUGCUUUUUCAAGUUAUAUGUAUUUUUGACCAGUUUACGUUAAGAAGUCACAAAACAUCAUAUCUUUGACUGAAGAGGCUGCAGUUUUGCAGCGGUGGAAAGUAAUUACCCGUAAGUACAUUUACCCAAGGACUGUACUUACGCACAAAUUUGAAGUCCUUGAAGUACUUUACCUGAGUAUUUCAAUCGUCUGCCUAUCGAUACUUCAAAUCAUCAGGCAAAUAUUGCACUAGUUUAUUUGACAACUUGAAUUUUGUGCAGAUUUGCAUUGAUGCAUAAUAUAGUGAAUUAUGAUAUAUUAUAAUAGGUUGGUGAGAUUAGAUAAACCUUUGCUGAAGUUUAUCUAAUCUCACCAACCAACCACCUUUGUAGUGUUGUUAUGGUAUUUAUCCACAAGGGGGAGCUCUUGCCUAAGAGUGGGACAUGCAUUUUGUUGUAUGCUUGCGUCCACUGAUCCACCAGACUUCACUUGUUUCUGUCAGAAAUCUUGAGGUAGAUUAAAUGAAGUGAGUUUGAUGGUUAGUUACCUCCGUGGCACCGCAUUGCCACAUUGAAGAAAGGAAACUCACUUUGCAAUUACAUCAAACCCAAAUGUGAAAAAUCUUAAGUUUUUUUGAUGAGAUUCCUUUAGCUGUUUGUGUGUUGAUCUAAUUGAGCGUGUACUCUGUGGUGGUCUUGUUCUCGAUUAA